AGAGUGGAUACAGGCUGUCACAGUGGAAGAGGAAGAGAUGGAUGCUUUCAGAAUUAAAAAGGAGGAAGAGGAGGAUAUCAGCGUGGAAGAGGGGAUAGAACCUUUAAGAAUCAAAAAGGAGGAAGAGGAGGAAGAACCUUUAAGAAUGAAAAAGGAGGAAGAGGCCAUCUCAUUGAAAGAGGAAGAGGAGGGUGACGUGACAGUAAAAAAAGAGGAAGAACCUUUCAGAGAGGAGGAGGAGGGGGCUCUCUCAAACAAAGACAAGGAGGAAGGAGAGGAGGAGGAGACAGACGAUCUGAUUAACACCAGAGAAAGACCAGACUCAGAGGAACCAGAGACGUACAAAUCAGCAAGACCACACCACUGCUCCGACUGUGGAAAGAGUUUUACCCGGUUAGGGUCCCUGAAAGUGCAUAGGACAUUGCACACAGGAGAGAAGCCUUUUCAAUGUUCCCAGUGUGGAAAGAGUUUUGCAGAGUUAGGGCACCUGAAAGCACAUGAGAGAAUACACACAGGGGAGAAGCCUUACCAAUGCUCUCUGUGUGGAAAGAGUUUUUCCUUGUUAGCAAGCCUGAAAAGACAUGAGAGGAUCCACACAAGAGAUGCGCUUUUCCAAUGCUCCCAGUGUGAAAAUAGUUUUUCCUUGUUAGCAAGUUUGAAAAGACAUGAGAGGACACACACAGGUGAUAAGACUUUCCACUGCUCCCAGUGUGAAAGGAGUUUUACACGGUUAGGGAACCUGAAAAAACAUAAAAGAAUACACUCAGGAGAAAAGCCUUUCCACUGCUCCCAGUGUGGGAAGGAUUUUACAGAGUUAGGGAACCUAAAAAGACAUGAGAGGACACACACAGGAGAUAAGCCUCAUCGCUGCUCCCAGUGUGGAAAACGUUUUACCCAGUUAGCACACCUGAAAGUGCAUGAGAGAAUCCACACGGGAGAAAAGCCUUACCAAUGCUCAGACUGUGGAAAGACCUAUUCCUCAUCACGGUCACUUAAAAGUCACGUGAGAAUCCACGCAGGAGGGAAGAAGCCUUCCCCUAGUUUGUAAAUUGUUAUGUCACAUCACAUUGACUUAAUUUCUUUUCCUAGUGGGUAUAUUGAUAUUUCACUUCACAUUAACUUAAAAUUCAUCAGAGAACAUACACAGUUCUCCAAUUGUCUUAUGUUGACUGAUAAUGUGUUUACCUGUUUAUACCACAUGAAAUUAAAUGGUGCAAAGUGUACUCAAACAUAUAUUUGUUUGUUUUUAUUAGAAAACAUGAAUUGAAUAUGGAGUUUGUCAGUUUGAAUAUAGAGCAUAUCAGAUUCCAUGUGUUUAAAUGGUCAUUUCUUAAACUCUAUGUGUGUGUGUUUAUCUGGG